UAUAUGUUUUGAAAGAAAUUUAAUUUAUAUAAAAAGUGAUUUGUCUUCAUUAAUUCGUGUAUAGAUUUGGGAUGGUUAAUUUCAGUUCUUAAAGAUUUUUCAUACAGAAACUAGAAACCUAAACGAAAUUUAUUAAAGUUUUAAGAGUUUUAAGCUUUUAUUAUUAAUAGUGAAUGUAAAAAGUGACAAAAAUGUUAGUCAAAUGAAAAAAAUUUUAAAACAUUCUUAAAUCUAUCAAAAUUCAAUUCGUAGCUUACUUCUCAACUCAGCCUACCAGGAUAAGUAAUCUGUUACUCAUAAGUUGUUACUCACGCGUUACUCAUAAUAAAAUUUCGUAUUUAUACACGUAUUGCUAUCAAGAUGGCCGAUAUAAAUAGAAGUCUUCCAAACAUUUUAAUAACAGGUACACCUGGGGUAGGAAAAAGUUUACUGUCUCGUAUUUUAUGUCGGAAAACUGGAUUAACUUGCAUUGAGGUUAGCGAUUUUGCUAUUGAAAAAGGCUGCCUGGAAGAAUAUGAUGAAGUAUAUGAGUGUCCUGUUUUAGACGAGGAAAAGUUAUUGGAUGAAAUGGAAGACCUUAUGUGUAAAGGUGGAAUGGUAGUUGAUUAUCAUGGGUGCGACUUUUUCCCUCAAGACUGGUUUGACAUUGUUUUUGUGUUAAGAACAGACAAUACUAUUUUGUAUGAUCGCUUAAAGGAAAGGGGUUAUACAGGAAAGAAGUUGGAAGAUAAUAUACAGUGUGAAAUAUUUCAAAUUAUUCUUGAACAGGCGACGACAACGUUUGAGAAAGAAAUAGUUCACGAACUGACAAGUGAUGAUAUAAAUCAACUAACAGACAAUGUAAAUAGAAUAUGUCAAUGGAUCGAACAGUGGAAAUUGGAUAAUAAAGAAGAAUAAUUUAACUCUA